AUGAGUGAGCAAGCAGAUCAAAACCUUUCAUGGGCAAAGAAUGAGGAGGAUGACUGCAAGAGCAGCGGCACCUUUGAUGUAGAGAACUGCGGUGACUGCUACAUCAGUGAUGUGUCCAGCUGCAGUGAGUUGGACCUUAAGGAGAGCAGUAUUCCUGCCCUGAGGACCGACCCUGCCGUUGACCUUGGAGACGCCUUUGACCUCUUUGAGACUGAGGAUGAGGAGGAGACCAGCACCACCAGCAGCAGCAGCAGCAGUAGCACCAGCGGCGGCUCAUCUGGAUCUGUGGCCGCCUGCGCCCUGUCCAACUCCUCCAGCAACAGUGAGGAUGACCACAAGAGUAACAGCAGCACCAUUACCAUUGAGAAAGGGAAUUGUGGUGACUGCUAUCUCAGCGAUGUGUCCAGCUGCAGUGAGCUUGAGUUGGACCUUAAGGAGAGCAGGUGUGUAAGUACCCUGAAGACCGACCCUGCUGUCCAGAACUCUGGACUUCUGGUCUCUCCCCCAGUCAUGGUGCAGAUGUAUGACCUUCCACCGCGUCCUGCCCGUCCCGUGCUGCAGUGCUGGGAAGACCCCCAGGUGGCCUCUUGCCGGAAGACGGACCGCCUCUUCAGCACCCCAACUGACCACGACUGGGUCACCAUGAGCGCUCCGGCCCUCUACAGGACCGAGAGCGACCUCACCCUGGUCAGCUUGGAUGAGGACGACGCUCCCAGGGCAGGUGUGGAGCCGGUCGCCCCUGUGCUGGUCAGCAGCUCUGGGGGAGAGAGCGCGGCCGUAAGCGGUGGCGGCCUGUCCGAGGCCUGGGCAGAGCUGGAGUGCGUGCUGGAGAGCAACAGGGCCAGCUUGCAGCAGGAGGUGACCGUUCACCUGGACGGCGUGCAGGACAAACUGACCGCCGAGCUGCAGCUCCGCAAGCGCCUUCGUGAGGAGGAGCGCUGGGCUGAACGCCACCGGCAGGGGGGGCGGCUGGAGAGCCUGCCCAUGCCUGGUGAAGACGAGGCCGAAGAGUGGCAGGAUUGUACCGGCCGAUAG